GGAGAGAGGUCGAGAGAAGGGGGGAUGAUGCAGGAGCCAGGUGAAGGGGUGAGGACGGAGGCAGCAGGAAAGUAUUACCAGGUCUCCAGACCCGUCUACUCGGAGGAUGACUUUGGCCAGGCACAUGCCAGAGUCCGGAGGAGACAUAAGGGGAUACUCGACCACGUCCGACAGUACUUCACCUGUGACUCUAAGCGAGCUAAGAAUGCCGUGUUGUCUCUGCUGCCCAUCAUUGGCUGGAUGAGGAUCUACAGGGUGAAGGAGUGGCUACUGAACGACAUCGUCUCUGGAGUCAGCACUGGCCUGGUCGCCGUGCUACAGGGUUUGGCUUACAGCCUGUUGGCCUCCAUCCCACCCUGGUAUGGUCUGUUUGCCGCUUUCUUCCCGGUGGUCAGUUACUUCUUCCUGGGCACCUCCAGACACAUUUCUGUGGGUGCCUUCCCUGUAUUGAGUCUGAUGGUGGGUGCCGUGGUUACUAAGCUGGUGCCAGACGAGGGUCCGCCUGCCAACAUCACCGAAUUCGAGGGCCUGACCAUGGACGAGCAGAGAGCCCUGGUGGCCGCCUCAGUCACCUUCCUCAUGGGCAUAUUUCAGCUGGGUAUGGGAAUAUUCCAGGUGGGCUUCAUCGUGAUCUACCUGUCGGACACUCUGGUGUCUGGCUUCACCUGUGCAGCUGCUGUUCACAUCCUGGUGUCGCAGCUCAAGUUUGUGCUGGGCCUCACUGUACCAGGCUUCAGUGGGCCCCUCUCCAUCAUAUGGACGCUGGAGAGCAUAUUUACUCAAAUCACCAAGACGAACAUCUGCGAUCUGGUCACGUCCAUAGUGGUGAUGGUGGUUGUGUUUCUAGUCAAGGAGCUGAAUGACCGCUACAAGUCAAAACUUCCAGUGCCCAUCCCCAUCGAAGUCAUCAUGACUGUCAUUGCCUGUGGGAUCUCCUAUGCGGUCAACUUUAAAGAGAAAUUCCAAGUGGACAUCGUGGGAGUCAUCCCCAGCGGCUUUGAGCCACCAAGGGCUCCAAACCUGCACAUCUUCCAGCUGACAGCGAUGGAGUCAUUUCCCAUGGCCAUAGUGGGCUUUGCUGUGGCCUUCUCCGUAGCCAAGGUGUACGCUGUCAAACACGACUACCUCAUCGAUGGGAACCAGGAACUCAUUGCCUUUGGGGCCAGCAACAUCUUCGGUGGAGCCUUCAACUCCCUGGCAGCCAGCACGGCCCUCUCCAGGAGCGCUGUGCAGGAGAGCACUGGAGGGAAGACACAGAUUGCAGGGCUGCUGUCAGCUCUCAUCGUCAUGAUCGUCAUCCUAUUCAUUGGCUUCCUGUUGGAACCUCUUCAAAAGUCAGUGUUGGGGGCUGUGGUUAUCAUCAACCUUAAAGGCAUGCUGAUGCAGGUCAGAGAGGUUCCCGACCUCUGGAGGAAAGAUCGGCCUGACUGUGUGGUAUGGGUUGUUACGUGUGUGGCCUCCAUCCUGUUGGGUCUUGACCUGGGCCUGGCUGUGGGACUCGGCAUUGAGCUCAUCACCGUCGUCUUCAGGACACAGUUCCCCCGGUGCAGUGUCCUGGCAAAUAUCAACGGCACGGACAUAUACAGAGACCGCAAGGACUACCUGAGCAUGUACGAGCCAGAGGGUGUGAAGAUUUUCCGGAUUCCAUCUCCAAUAUUCUUUGCCAACAUCGAGUUCUUCAGAGGAAAGCUCGUAGAGGCGGUUGGAUUUAACCCUUUGCGAAUCCUAAGGAAGAGAAACAAAGCUCUGAGGAAGAUCAAGAAGCUGCUGAAGAAAGGGGAGCUCCAGGUCACACCUAGUGGUCUGUUGCCCUCUGGCUCUUCGCCAGUUGACGAGUCUGAGGACGAGAGCAAGAUGGAGGAUCUGGACUUACCGACCGACUAUUCCGACCUACCUGUACAAGUGAACUGGAACUCUCAACUUCCCGCCAACAUCUGCGUCCCCCGAGUGGACAUCCACAGCCUCGUCCUCGACUUCUCUGCUGUGUCUUUCCUGGACAUGUCCGCUAUCAAGGGACUCAAAGCGGCUCUGAAGGAGUUCAUUCGUGUAGAUGUCAACGUGUAUAUCGUGGCCUGUGACAUGUAUGUGUAUGAGAGGUUGGUCAGAUGCCAGUUCUUCGAUGAUGAGGUGAGAACAUCAAUGCUCUUCGUGACACUUCAUGACGCCAUGCUGCACAUUCUGGAACACAAACCCGACAACGGCAAACUCAACAGCGUGUCAGAGAAGGUGUUUUCAGACAACAAAUAUGAUGGCAUAAGCAAUGGAAAAUCGAGCUUGCGCAGUCGAGAAAAAGUGGACAAAUCAGGAGGAACCAAGCUCUAAGCCAUAGAGAUCAUCUUGCUUAUGUACAUACAGUGUUCACUUGUUGUAAGACCACUACCGCAGCCAUGGCACAAGACUAAAACCAAUCACAUAUUGCUAUUACCCAAGUGCGUUUCUCGACAUUGUUAUGUCUUACUACAUAGCAGCUAAGUUGUUUUUUUGCAAUGUUAUUGCAUUGCAAGUUGGAGUAACAUUCCCAAGUUGCUAAGUGAUUAGCAACGAUGCUUUCGAGAAACUAUUUCACAGACCAAGAUUGCGAUACCCUUUUCA